GUCAGUAUUCCUCGCGCACGACACGAAUAAAAAAACCAGCUGAAACGCGUGUUUGUCUUCCGCGUCUUCUAUUUGGGACAGUAGGUGAUAUUCGGGUGCGCAUUGGACACAGGGUGAAUUUUACUUCGCUCUGCCCGCUAUCCAUCAUAAAACCUUAUUUUUAAGAAUAGUUGUGAAUUGACUGCAAAAAACUACCUGGGGCCAGGGAUUUCAUAGUAGCCAACACCGACUGUGGAUUUUGUCACAUUGGCAUACAAUGACAACUUCCAUCCGUACAAAGACAGAUCCUUUGGAUUCCACUGAUCCCCAGAUUCUGGACUAUAUGCUGGUUCCUCACCGGAACUUCAACCUGAUCAAUGGGGUCCACUCUCCCGACGAGGUCGACCAAAUCCAGAACUGGGAGAUCCGAGACUCAGACGUAUUCGCCGUCACUUAUCCCAAGUCAGGGACGAUCUGGAUGCAGCAGAUUCUGACUCUGAUAGAAGCCAAAGGUGACGUCACUCCAAACACAGAGCAUCUCAACGCGCAGCGCGUCCCAUGGAUCGAGCUGAUUGGCAGUGAGAAGGAGUUUAACGCUACCCCUUCCCCCAGGCUACGGGUCACCCACCUGCAGUACAAGUUCAUGCCUCUCGCCAUCAGACAAAAGAGGGGAAAGGUGAUCUAUGUGGCCAGAAACCCUAAGGAUGUUAUCGUGUCCUAUUACCACUUCCACAAAUAUGCAGCCAUGCUGGAGACACCGAAGGACUUCAAUGAUUUCUUUGAGAAAUUCAUGGAAGGGAAAGUUUUUGGGAGCUGUUGGUUUGAGCACAUCAAGACGUGGUACGCUAAUAGAGACAACAUGAACUUCCUGUACAUCACAUAUGAAGAGAUGAUCAAGGACCUGCACUCCAUGGUGGAGAGGAUGUGCAGGUUUCUAGGGAAGGAUUUGACAGAGGAGCAGAUGGCCAGUGUAGUGGAACACAGCACCUUUAGAACCAUGAAACAGAACCCGCAGGCUAACUACAAGACAGUGCCCGACUCCCUGCUUGACCACAACAAGGGCACGUUUAUGAGGAAAGGGACCAUUGGGGACUGGAAGAACCAUUUCACUGUUGCACAGAGCGAGAGAUUUGACAGUGUCUUCCAGGAGAAGAUGAGGGACGUGCCCCUCUCCUUUGCUUGGGACAUCAAUGACGUCACUAGUGUCACGUGAUGACAUCCCAGUCACGUCUUGCAGGGAUGUUUUUAAUCCUUGGGCGGGCCCCCGAAGCAUUUUUUCAAGUCCAAAUAGUGUAAAAAGAACAAUUUUUUUCAGGAUGGAAAAACGCUUUUACUGUAAACUUAAAUGACUAAAUGCCUUUUUUUAUACCACAGCAUUGUUGAAUAUUUGUUUAUGAUGUACAGAACGUGGGCAUUUAUCCCUUACAUAAAAUAACCUUUGAAAACUAACAGUCACCUAAAUAAAUACUAGAAAGUCAGGGACAAUUGAAAAAUCCCUCAAACAAUUAAUUUAGCACUACAUAUUUCAUGUUUGAGCAAAAGAACACAGAAUUAGCCAUCGCAAAAUGCAUAGAAUUGCAGAAAAUUGGCUUUAAAACGGCGAAGAUGAGGGUCUCUAAAAUGUUCUCUAAAAUUCAUGCCCCUGCCACAUCCACCACCUAAGCCCAUUAUUGAUCCAGAAAAAACACUGCCUUGGUUACAAGUUACCCUAGAUAAUUUAAUAAGCUAGUUAUAAGCUAUACUGAACAAAAAUGUUUCAUGAGUUGAAAUAAAAGAUCCCAGAAAUUUUCCAUACACACAAAGCUUAUUUCUUCUUUCUUUU